UUGUGUUGCUACGGCGUUGCCAGCGCAAACGAACUCACAGAAACAAGCCGAAACAUCAUGAACAGAAAGAGAUCGGGCAAUCCGCUGCUAGCAAAGCCAGAACUUGGCAAAGUGACGACGCGCUUCUUCACGCUUCCAUCCGAUGACUUCACCUACGGCCGUAGAAGCGUCGGUAAAGACGGAGGGACAGCAGAAGCACUGUCUUCAUGGGCACAGAUAGCUUACCUACAGUCGCAAGAUAAGAAGGCCGCUGCACAGCGCGACUUUAUUACUCUGAACAAAGUGGCUGUAAAGAAUGGACUAACAACGGCACAGGAACAGUUUCAAUUUAGAGCGAUACACGAUUUUCGUCUGCAGUCUAAACACAGCGGCAAGAGACGGACGAGGAGCGUCCCACCAAACAUUACAUUUGGGACUUGUACUAGACCUUCAACUCCAAUAAGCAGUCUACUUGAAAAUCGAUAUCAAACCGAAUGGCUGGAAAAUCGACGAAGGGCGGAGUUAGCUCAACUGGAUGAAGCUAAGAAGUCGAUUGCUAGCAAACGAUAUGAAACUCGAGCAUCUCUUCUCAGAAAACACUCACAACCAGUCGAGCCUCCACCGCCAUGGCAUCUUCCUAAAUUUUCAAGGGUUCCUGGUCGUUUGGUGUCGUUUCGCUCACCACAAGCCAGGGAGACUGCCAUGAAGUAUCACGCAUUCGAUGGCACAUCAAGAAAGGGAAUGUUUGGACAAGGCAUUUAUACUGCAGCUACUACGUAAUUAGCUUGACUAUACUGUAGUAUUAAAUGUUGUUCCUAUGUUGUAUGUAGUGCGACUGUGGACGUACAGAUCGUGUAGCUAGUCGAGAUCAUAUGGACAGUAGAUUUGCUUUUGGGCCUCGUAUUCUGUAUUUACACAUUGCAUGGCGCUGAACGGGUUUUCAUUAUAGUUUGAACACAUCAGGGAUCAUGUAGCAAUUUGUUGGUAGAUGUAGUCGGCUUUCUAUAGAGAGACUUUUGAUCAGUCUAAAUACAUUGUACUGUAGAUGAGUUCUAAGAAUUUUACAUAUUCCAUUCUAAGUGUUCAUUGCAGUUUCUCACAUGGAUAGGUAUGUAUGUAUAUGUAGGCCUGUGGUGUAUCUAAAUAAUAUUAUUGCUUUUAUAUUUUGUUUAUUGUUUACUUGUUUGUUUGUUUUUCAUAUUUACUCAAGAAAAACAAUUCACAGAAAGUCUAAUCUACCAUCUAGUCGUGUGCACGU